CUCGCGUUCUCUCUCGAGAUUUAAAAAAAAACUAAUUAUCGACUAUGACAGGGAAGAAAAAAAUCCGAAUUGAAUCGCUGACCCGCAAAGUGGUCCUUACCUUAGGAUGAAUAAGUAUACUUAGCAGAAGUACAUCAGUGAAAUCGAGAUGAAGGAUUGUGAGGAUGUGGUGGUGUACAUCAUGCCACAGAAAAUACAGAAACAAAGACACAGAGUCAUGAAGAUGGCCGCACUAAAACACCACUUCACACUGGCAGAGGAAUUCAGUGACAAUGUUACCCACAUAGUUACAGAAUAUGAAAUGGCAGACCAAGCCCUGAAAGUGCUGAAAGUAACAGAACUGCCACAGCAUGCACAUCUGUUGAAGGUUAGCUGGUUCACAGACAGCAUCAAGGCCAGGGAACCAGUUCAGAUCCUCAACCAACAUAAGAUUCCUCUUGGAGAUGCAAAUGUGGAUUCGAGGCAGAAGUCAGAAACACCACCCCCCAAUCAUAUCCCAGAAUUCUCUUGUCAGAGGUCAACCCCACUGAAACACCACAAUGCUAAGUUCUGUGAGGCAUUAGAGCUUCUCCAGGAUUACGCUGAGAUGAAGGAGGGCGAUGAUAAUUACAUGAGGGCUUUGGCAUGGAGACGUGCCUCCUGUGUCCUCAAGAGCCUCAAAUUUACCCUGACCAACCUCAACCAAUUGAAAGGAGCCAAAGAUAUCGGAAGACAUGUGGAAAAAAUUCUUCAGGGUAUCCUGGACCACGGCACCAGUGAUGAAGUGGAGAGAGUCAGGAAUGAUCCAUGGUAUCAGAAAAUGAAGAUUUUUACUAAAGUGUUUGGAGCAGGAGUAAAAACAUCCCAGGAAUGGAUAGAGAAUGGGAUGACUACUGUCGAUGAGGUGCGGCAAAAAUAUACAAAGGGGGACUGGAGGCUGAGGUUUGGACUUGCUUUUCAUGAUGAGUUGAUGCAGUUAGUGACUCGACAGGAGGCUGACAAUUUCAAAGAAUUCAUAAAACAUCAGUCUGCCAAAAUACUACCCGAUGUAUCAGUAGAACUUUGUGGUGGUUUUAAAAGAGGCAAAACAGCAGGUCAUGAUAUAGACCUUCUAUUCACACAUCCAUUAAAAGGUAAAGAACUCGGUUUUCUGCCUCAGUUACUAUCAAUCUUGGAGAACCAGAAACUAGUUUUGUGUGGAAAGUGGAACAGGAGCACAUUCACAGAGGAAGCAUUGUACUCCGACUCUAAACGCACCAAAAAUAGUCAGUUGGACCACUUCGAAAAAUGGAUUGGCAUAAUUAAAUUUCCUAAACAGUGGAGGAAGAGCAUUUCUCCAGAGGAACUCUUCAAUGAUAGAGGGGAAUCUGUACCUCUUAGUCCUGACAGUUGUGAAGAUUUGGAGCCAAGCAAAAAGAAACAAAAAACAGAUGAUGAAUUAUCCCCUGAGGAAAUUGCAGCAAGUCCACGGAAUUGGAUUGCAAGAAGAGUUGACCUAAUUGUAGCUCCUUAUGACCAGUAUUUUUACGCUCUUGUAGGAUGGACGGGCAGCAAACAAUUCAACAGAGAUAUCAGGACGUAUGCAAGAAGGACACACAACUAUGCAAUGACUAGUCAUGGGCUUUAUGAUUUAACAAAGAGAAAAUCCCUACCCGCAAAAUCGGAGAAGGAAGUUUUUGAUCUUCUAGGUGUGCCAUACUUCCCAGCCGAGGAGCGGAAUUGCUAAAAUUCAUUUUCAUAGCUGUGUCUACUCUUAUUAUAGGAACUUUAAAAUGACAUGAUAUUGCACGCAAAAAUGUUAUGUGCCAUGCAAGAGAAACUUUUAUUAAAAUUAUAUGAAUACUUUCAAAUACAUGUAUUUCUGUAUUAAUAACAGAUUAAUCAUGAUUUUUUUUCAAACCCCAUUGUUUGAAACGACACAGAUUGUUUUGUGUUUGCGGGUUAGUACUGUGAUACAGAAUGUAUAUUUUUACACUGCAUACUUUAAAUUGGUGACAGUUGGAUGUAAAAAAUUUCAAGCUUGUGAGCAAAGUUUUACACACAAUGAGUGCCAAUAUCCACCAAUAUAACUUGAAUUAUUCCUUUAUUAUAUAGCUAAAACAUACUUCAUGUCUUUUAUAUGGAUAAUUUAUCCAUUUAGUUUAGAGACUGAAGCGUUAUUGACACUAAUAUGAAUGUGUGCUUUAUUGAGCACAUUUUCAUUGUUCACCCAAAUACCUUAAUUAAUGCAGCUGAACUACUUAAAAUUAAUUUGGUCCUAAACUGUAUAUCUUACUUAGCACUUACUUGUAGUUCUCACCAGAAGCUGUAUAUCAGGGUUGAAAAAUUAGAAGAUAUGAUACUUGAUAGAUGAAGCACCAAAACUGGGGAUCAGAGCUUAUCAAAUGAGAUCUAGUUCAUUAUAUUUUACAGCUAUAGAUAACAAUAACAGUUACAAGUAUUCAGAAUAUUUUGAUGCAGAUCCAAUUAUUUCCCAAAAAGUUGCUGUUUAAUAAUUGUUCAAGUUUUACACACAUUUCUGAUAAUGUUCAUAUUAAUCAAAUUAUAUUUUUGAUCACACUACCCCCAUCUACUCAUGUUGUAUAUCACCCCCAUCCACACACCUGUACACAUCACCACCUCCCACCCACACACGUGUACACAUCCCCCCCCCCACACACACACAUACACAUCAACCCCAUCCACCCACACACUUGUACACACCACCUCCCACCCACACAAUACACAUCACACCCUUGCCCCCCCCCCCCCCCCCCCCCCCCCCCCCCCCCCCACACACACAGUCAGAUGUACACAUUACCCCCCAUCCACACACACAUACACAUCAACCCCACCCACACAUGUGUACACAUCACCCCCCCCACACACACACACACACACACACACAUGCACACACACACAUACUGUUGGCAUAUUGUAUUUUUACUGCUUUCAUCCUCACUGUCUGUCUCAGGGAAUCUAAAUGUGAUACCAUAACAGAAUAUUUAUCCUUUUGUGUAAGAUGUGUUUAGUAGUUUUAAGGCUAAAUCUGAAUGACUUAUUCUGUAGUCUUCUAUAUGUACUUGUUCGGUGUCCAUUAUGUAUAACAUACACAUCUAUGUAUAAAAUUGUUUUUGUUGCUUUUUUUGCAAAUUCGUGUAAUUUAAAAAAAGAGAGAACUAAUAUUUUCUCUAAUUGAUACAUAUUCAGUAUUUAAGAAUAUGUGGAUACUCAAAUUAAUUUGUUAUAGAAAUGUUUGUGCUGAAAUGUAUACCUAUGAAUUUUUCAUUUGAAUUGAGUCAUGCUCUUGCAUUUGGUCCAAAGCAGGAUCUUUAAACUCUAUGAAAUUUCAACUCAAUAAUGUGAUCAAUUUGAAAACUCCAAUGAAUACCUUAUAGAUUUACUUGAAAUUGGUAUACAUGUAAUAUGUGUAUUUACGGUUGGUUUAAGUUGUAUAAAUAGCCUGUGAUACAUUUUUUUCUGGAUUAUUUGUGCAAUCACAGAGUAAAAUGUGUUUCACAUUACAGCAGACUUAACAAUACCUGUCUCAAAUAAAAAUAAUAUAAACUGAAUCCAAA